GGAAGUGGCUGCGGUCUGUGACGCUACAGCUAGCUUGAUGCUAGCGUGAAAAUCACCACGAUCACUAGUGAAGGACGGUGAGAAGCUCAGCGGCCGUCCGGGACACUUUCCACCCUUUUCCACGGUCUCACCCGGUUAAGGGCCCAGCAGCAGGUGAGAUUCCUGGGCCAACAAAAAAAGCCUCUGGCCAUGUCGGGACAGAAGAAAGUCGCUGCAGCACGGCUGCUUAAAUGUGCCUUCUGCAGAACCAACAGAGACAAGGAGUGUGGCCAGUUGCUGCUGUCUGACAGCCAGAAGGUGGCAGCCCACCAUAAGUGCAUGCUGUUCUCCUCUGCUCUGGUCACGUCUCACUCAGACAGUGAAAACAUCGGCGCAUUCUCUGUUGAGGAUGUGAAGAAGGAGAUCAAGAGGGGGAACAAACUGACGUGUUCUUCUUGUCACCGGCCGGGUGCUACUAUCGGCUGCGACGUGAAGACCUGUCGGAGGACGUAUCACUAUUACUGUGCCCUAAAGGACAAAGCUCAAAUCAACGAGAAUCCCUCACAAGGGACCUACAUUGUUUACUGUCGCAAACACCGAGAUGAUUCUCUGGACGACGUUGAAGCAGAUGAAGAGGGAGGUGUGGCCAAUGAGUCCGACUCGUCACCUCCACAGAGCAGAGGCAGAGGAAGGUUUGAGAAGGUGAGAGCCAGAGCGGGCUCUCGUGGCCAAUCGGAAGACACCCGCUCCACCUCCUCACAGGCUGCAGACGAGGAGAGCUCCUCCCAUCGGGACAGGUCACCUCUCCGGACCAGCCAAGGAGAUGGCGGCCAGCGCUGUGGCUUUUGUCAUGCUGGUGAGGAAGAGAACACAACGAGGGGCAUGCUUCACAGCGAUAACUCCAAGAAAGUGGCUGCACACUACAAGUGCAUGCUUUUUUCAUCGGGGACAGUCCAGCUGACGACAACAUCGCGCGCUGAGUUUGGAAACUUUGAAGUUAAAACAGUCAUCCAGGAAAUCAAGCGAGGGAAAAGAAUGAAAUGUACUCUGUGCACUCAGCUGGGAGCCACCAUUGGCUGUGAAAUCAAAGCAUGUGUGAAGACCUACCACUAUCACUGCGGCCUGCAGGACAAAGCCAAGUACAUCGAAAACAUGGCCCGCGGCAUCUACAAACUGUACUGUAAGAACCACAGUGGGAAUGAGGAGAGGGAUGAGGAAGAUGAGGAACGAGAGAAUCGCAGCAGAGAGAGGGCAGCUAGCGACCAUGGAGGAACACCGGCAACGCAAGUGAACGGCAAUUAGGUAGUUCUGAUGGAUGUGAUGUUUGGAGAGAACUGCAGAGCUCACAAGCGAGGGAGAGAUAUUUUUUAUACUGAAUCUUAGCCUACUCACAAAGUCGUGGUCUUCAGCUCCCACGAGUCCUUCACACAAUUUCUUCCAGUAAACGGACUCGAUGUCCCCAGCGUGCAACAGACGUGUUCUUUGUGAAAUCCUGUUUUGAGUUGUCUGGACGAGCUUUUCACAGGCCGGUGGAACUGAGCAGAGCGGGGGCUAGCAUGGCUAAACUUUAGCGAGAGUAUGAUGGACUCAGUCUCAAGAACCCGAACAAUUGCAGUGAAUAAGAGCUGAAGUUUUGAUUGUCACUCAGUGCCCAUGUCCCCACAGAUUACAUGACCCACACUUACUGAAAGUGGACACAUUCUUCCUAUUCCUUAGCUUCUGAAGGACUCACUUUUAAGAGGGGUCUGUUUGUUACUAGUCUCACUAUGAAGUUGUGCCGUUUGAUUACCUUGUUUCUGUAAUCAUGUCUUAAGAAUACUCUUCAUGUUAGCCUUUCUUUCUUGAUAUGUAAUAUUUUGCUACUGUACUAUUAUCAUCAUGAGUCAUAUUGGAUAUCUGGAUUUCGGACAGUCACUAUUACAAGUUUUGCCAGCAUGCACUUGGAUUUACCCACUGUUAAAGGUGGCAUUUUUUUUAUUUAGCUGUUAAAGGGCAAAGUAGAGCUCUUUAGAAGAGUUGGCUUGACUUUGUUUGAUGUACUGUUGACUUGUAUCUCUACAAAUGUAUCCAUGAAUGAUUGGAAAUAGAAAAUAUUUUUAUUUUACACA